AUGUCGGAACCAGAUCCUCAUACAAAAGAGCAACCCUCUAGUCGCGAUACCGAGCGCAAUAUACAACCAUCCGAAGAUCCCAAAGAGAAGGAAAACGUAUCAGCUUUCAAAUCCCUAGGGUGGCUUGAUCGUUUUCUAGCAGUAUGGAUCUUCCUCGCCAUGGUAGUCGGUAUUAUCUUUGGCAACUUUGUCCCUUCGACUGGACCGGCUCUUGAGAAGGGCAAGUUUGUUGGCGUUUCUGUUCCAAUAGAUGUGCUAGCUGUCGGUCUCCUCGUUAUGAUGUAUCCCAUCCUCUGCAAAGUCCGAUACGAGAGCCUCCACGAGAUCUUCUCCCAGCGCGACGUCUGGAAGCAAAUACUUUUCAGCAUAUUCAUCAACUGGAUAGUUGCACCCUUUCUGAUGCUCGGCCUGGCAUGGGCCUUCCUCCCAGACAAACCCGAACUUCGCGUUGGCCUUAUCCUCGUCGGCCUCGCACGCUGCAUCGCCAUGGUGCUGAUCUGGAACGGUCUUGCGGGCGGUGACGCCGAAUACUGCGCUAUCCUUGUGGCCAUCAACUCGAUACUGCAGAUGGCUCUAUACGCGCCCAUGUCUGUAUUCUUUAUAUCGGUGAUCAGUGGAGAGGAGGGCUCUCUUGAGGUGUCAUACUCAACCGUUGCAACCAGCGUAGCAGUAUUUCUCGGCAUUCCCCUUGGCGCAGCUAUCAUCACUCGUUUCUCCCUGCGAAAGAUAGCCGGGCCAGAGUGGUACGAGCGUGUCUUUUUGCGCAUCAUCUCCCCGUGGUCUCUCAUCGGCCUUCUUUACACCAUCCUCAUCCUCUUCGCUUCCCAAGGCCAUCAAGUGGUCCAUCAGAUCGUGUCUGUAGUACGCGUCGCAGCCCCCCUCAUCGUCUACUUCGUCAUAAUCUUCUUCGCAACACUUCUGGUAUCUCGGCAUGCAGGCUUCGGAUACCCUCUCUCUACAACGCAGAGUUUCACUGCGGCAAGCAACAAUUUCGAGCUUGCCAUAGCAGUGGCUAUUACCACGUUCGGACCUAGCAGUGACCAAGCGCUUGCGGCGACAGUUGGCCCUCUGAUCGAGGUUCCGGUGCUUUUGGGGUUGGUGUAUCUCCUGCGAACCGAGUUUUGGGAUAUGUAG